AUGACCUACACGUUCUCCAGUAUUAUUCUUUCAGAUCAAGCCAACUAUGUCCUCUUGGUUCUUCUUUCUCAUAUUGGCAAUUGUUCAAUUGCAUUCAAAGACCCACAAUGAACGUUUGUUGAGCCUAUGUCUAGGCUAUAUGGUCAGUUAAGACAUGCGAAAUCCAGGCAAAUUGAUAUAGAUUCGCCAAUUUCUGUUGGCUGUCCAAAGCACAGAGCUCGACUCACAUGGAUCCCACCAGUGGUGAAAAAUGAAGAAAUUCCAAGUUUUAGAGUUUUCUACUUUCAUGAUGGUGAACUCUUAGUGACACUCACCUCUGAAAACGUAUUGGAAAUUCCCAUCAAUGAGAACGACACUAUGACCAGAGCAAUUGUGAGAACUGUUACCAAAUCCGAAGUUUGGGCAGAUGAAUACAAAGAGGAUCCGAAUGAAUGCAAAUUCAACUCGAAACGAACUGACACUUUUCGACAUCAACUCUCUGAUCCAGACAAGGAGGGUAAAUAUUUUUCUUGA